ACCAUAAUUUACUUAACCAUUUUCUGGUUUUUUUCCUCGAUUACAUAGUGUUUAGUGAAUGUCAUUGUGCCAUAAUUUUUAUUAUACAUUCAUUCAUUCAUUCAUUCAGCAGGUGUUGACCAUGAGUUAUGUACCAGGUUCUAUGUUAGGCUCUGGGGACACAAAAACAAAUGAGAAAUUCUAGAUGAUUAGUGGGAGGUGGAUUUGCAUACAGGUACAUAUACUAAAGCUUUAUAUGUCCUAUACAAAAACUAUAUUUAAGAUUUAGUGGAGAUGGCUCUCUCUGGUCCGUGCCUCCAAGAUGACAAAGAAAAGAAGGAACAAUGGUCGUGCCAAAAAGGGCCGCGGCCACGUGCAGCCUAUUCGCUGCACUAACUGUGCCCGAUGCGUCCCCAAGGACAAGGCCAUUAAGAAAUUCAUCAUUCGAAACAUAGUGGAGGCCGCAGCAGUCAGGGACAUUUCUGAAGCGAGCGUCUUCGAUGCCUAUGUGCUUCUCAAGCUGUAUGUGAAGCUACAUUACUGUGUGAGUUGUGCAAUUCACAGCAAAGUAGUCAGGAAUCGAUCUUGUGAAGCCCGCAAGGACCGAACACCCCCACCCCGAUUUAGACCUGUGGGUGCUGCCCCACGUCCCCCACCAAAGCCCAUGUAAGGAGCUGAGUUCUUAAAGACUGAAGACAGAC